AUGACCUCGCCCUCCUUCGUCCUAAGCCCUCCUGCGAUCCCCUCUCGGCCGAAGGAGGUCAAAGGAGGCGGAGUCAGCGGAGGCCAGGGUACUUGCAGGGUCACUCCCCGAGGCGGCCUUGACAUGCCUGGCCCUUUAACCCGUUCCCGAGGAAUUUCGAACUCGUCCUCGGGUUUUAUUGUUCUAAGAAGAGGUCCUGCUCGGGCUCAGGAUUCUGAUUCCGAGUGCUUGCCUUUGGGAAGCCUGAAGUAUGGACCCUCCUGCAUUUUUCCUUCGCGCCGCCCACAGCCGACCGAGAACCACAAGCCGCCACAAAGUCCUCGCUCCACGCCUCGCCCCGUCCGCGCCACCCGCCACGCCUCGCCUCCGUCCGCCCAGCCGCCCACGCCUCGCCCGCCCAUCCGCCCCGCCCUCGCCUCGCCCCGUCCGCCCAGCCGCCCUCGCCUCGCCCUCCGUCCGCCCAGCCGCACUCGCCACAAAUGCGACAGCUGUCCCCCAGAUUUUUCUGGUGUUAAUUUCGGUUUGCAGCUCAUAUAUUUCGCGUUUGUUGGAAUUAAUGCUGAGGAACGAGGCAGAUUAAUGCUGCGCCUCCGCGGUGCAGCUUAG